AUGCCUUCUCCACCCAAGGGACCACCCUACAAUUGGGGCUUGCCAAGUCUUUCUCCACCAGACCCGCCUUUAGAGCUUAACUACGGCCCCGAUCCUAACCUUUGGUUCAAAUCUACUCCUGCAGAUAUGCCAGAAGUUCAGAAGUGGCCCAGAGUCAGAGGGGUUCUCAUCAAUUGCGACGGCGACAUGGAACGGCACCAGAUGCCUCGCUUCGUUGGGAUGCUAGUUGAUUAUAACGAUCACAUAUUUAACACCCCGUUCCUCCAUAUGAUGCCCCCAGAUUUGGAAGAGCUGAACUGUGCUCCCCAGAUUUCGAGUCUCGCUGGCUCCGCCCUCCUCAUGCGUCGUUACGGGAAUGCGAGAGCAAACACACAAGAGAAGGCUGAGAGUCCCACGAGAAGCCGGCGCUACAACGCAAAUCGACCAGCCAAAAUGCUAAACCUGUCAUUAAAUCCGGGCUUCAAUUUUGGCACAUUCUCAAGAGGCUGGGGUUUUGAGGUAGACCCAGGCACAGUUUUAGUGGUUCGCAAGGAUCAUAAGGACCUUCUCCCCUGUCACGUCGAGGUGUUGGAUUAUAUGUGCGGCUAUGACAUUCUGAAUCUUGCCAUGCAUUCGGACAAGGACGAAUCGAUUGAGGCAAUGGAGGCUAAAGAUCAAAAGAGGCGAGCCGGGUUGGAAGAGCUCGUGGGUGAUCAUGGUGACAACUUCAAAAGGUAUUAUCAGAGGUAUAUGAUGAGGAAGUUAGGUCCCGAAGGGUGGAUGACGGUUCCUCCGCCUUGGGUUAUGUAG